AUGGAUCCAAUUGAUCCCCGCUGGGGUGGUGUGCAAUCGUCUUCUUAUAAUAUUGGAGUCUCUCAUUCGUACACAUCCGCAGCGCAUAACCCCGUGGUUCUCACACCCAUCAGCCUCGCUGACAGCGCAUAUCUACACCCGCGACCGAGCCCUGUAUUGAGCCACCAUUCUCAAGAGUACUCGUACCACCCUGUGGACGAUAGCGCAGUGCAUCAUGGACUAGGAAUUACGAGCGCAUACCACGAACUAGUACCACCGACAUCAUCGCCAAAUUUUGCCUACCAACACCCACAACAUCACCAUCAAGGCUCACUAGAUUUCGGGGACUAUGGGUCUGAACAAGGGCUGGACUCUCCCCCUCAACAUCGAGCUAAGCGUCAACGGCGGCCGACUACUGGAUGCACACCGCCCUUGCGCCAAUCGCCGGUGAGGAUCCUUCCUCACCCAGACGGGUUACAGCGUCUCGAACAAGAGCGCCGGCACGGACAAGUGAUUGACUCUCCUCACCAGCGCGAACCCCAAAGACCGCGACCGUCGGGUCGAGGGCGCCGCGACCCGCAAGCAGAAGAGGAAGAUGCCUUUGUCGAGAACCUGCGCGCGCAAAAUCUGUCGUGGAAGAUCGUCGCCGAGAUGUUCCGCGAGCGAUUCAACAAGAACUCGACCGAGGCGCGACUGCAGAUGCGCAUGUUGCGACGGCGAAAAAGCGCAGCGGCAUGGCAAGAGGCAGAUGUAGCACUUCUUCAAGAGGCGCAUAACUAUUGGCAAACACAGAAAUAUAGCAUCAUCGCGGCCAAGUUACAGGAGCUCGGGGCCAGCCGGAAAUAUAGUGACCACCAGAUCGAAGCCCAACUCCAGCUCUUACCAUACACAGCUUCCGACGACGAAUCGGCAGUGUCCUCUCCAGAGCAGGAGUUCCGAAGCACACAACGGAUUGGAAGCCCUGUGAAAAAAAGGCGGCGAUCUCCUAGCGAUGAAUAG